AUGAAUGGUUUUUUAUAUUCAGUGAAAUCUUUUGUACAACGUCUAACACCUACAGACUUAAAAGAUGGUUUUUUAAGUUUUAAAACAAAUUGUUAUAAACUUAAUUAUUAUGAAACACCAACAGGAUUAAAAUUUAUAUUAAAUACAGAUAAUAAUGUUGGCAAUAUUCGCGAUAUUUUACAUCAAUUAUAUAGUACAAUAUUCGUCAAUUAUAUUGUAAAAAAUCCUCGUUGUUCAGCGUUAGAUAUAAUAAAUAACGAUCAAGAAAUAUUUAUUGAAAAAUUAGAUGAAUUUAUAAGUAAUCUAUCGAUUUUUUCACAAACAAAUAAAAUGUGA